UACACAGAUCAUUUUGCUACUGGGUGCUACUAGUGGACUUUGUCCUUCUCCUCUAUGAGGAAGUCUUGGGUAUAUCAUGUUGUUGACUGAGGUACGGGAUUAAAAUAUCAGCAUAACUAAUAAAAAAAGAAGUAACAGCAAUAUUUGACUGGGAGAACUCGAAGCGCUCAGGAUGUUCAGGAGUCACGAUCCCUUUGGCACCGACACCAGCAGCUACGCUGGAUCAGUCCAGUCUAAUGACUAUUCCACUAUUGAUGAGUUGUCAUCACAAGUCUCAAGUCUGUCAAGACCCAGUGCAAAGUCGGUUUACUCACAGAGGAAGGCGUAUGCAGCAUCAAUAAACCAGAUGAUGGACAACUUUCAGCACCGAGUGGAGCACUUGUUGACUUGUGACCUGGAUGGGAAGGAGUUAAGAAGUGUAGCUGACUGUGUGGAGCGGCUGAAGCUACUGAAUGAGAUGGGCCGUGUGUGGGGUCAGAACAUGUUGCUGGAGGUGCGCGGUGCCAGCGUGCUGCUCUCAGACAUCGAAACCAAGGAGGAGCUGGAGUCCAUGGCUCUCAGUGACAUCCUGGAGCUAAAGGCUGUGCUGAAUGCUGGAGUGUUUAACUCCCUGCUCACCGUGUCAGUACAGCCCAGGAGAAACAAGACGGCCGCUGUCUUCCUGUUCCAAUGUGAGGAUAUCAGGGCCGACUACAUUCAAAAGGAUCUCACACGGGCACUGACAUGCAGAAGAGAGGACCCACACAUCAGUGGCUCAGGACUUAUAGCUGAACCUAAACAACCAAGGUCUCCAGUUCAUGCAGUGCCUCAAUGGGUUGCUCCCGACUACGACGAGGAUGACAUGACUGAGCCUGAACUGGAGGAGGCUUCACCUCCCAGACAGGAGACACCAUCACCACAGCGCCCCAGCACCGAAGCAGAACGCCCCUACACAGAACUGGACAGGAACGUGGAUAUCUUGAAUCACGUUUUAAGCGACAUUGAAAUCUUCAUGGGACAAAUAGCUGCAGUUGUUGCUAAAACUGCAAAGAAAAAGAUGAAGAAGAAGAAGAAGAAAGGAAAAGUUAUGGCUGGCAUGCCCUCUGCAGAAGAGUUUUCAAUAUGUCUCCGAAAGAUCAAAUAUGGUUUCAACCUUCUGGGGGAACUCAAUGGACAGAUUAAAAAUCCCAGUGCACCUGAAUUUGUUCACUCCCUCUUCUCUGCAUUAGCAUUUGUGGUAUCUCACUGUCCUAAGGACCUGCCACCAACCACAGUGGCGCCACUGCUGACACCUCAGAGUAUCCGUCUCAUGAGUGAAGAGGCGGAGGCGGAGGAGGACCAGCUAUGGCAGUCUCUGGGGGAUGCCUGGAACAUCCCCAGCACACAAUGGCCAGAGGAUGACGAGGACAUCCCAACAUACACUCCGCAGUUCUUUGACGGCUGGCAACCCCCUGAACUAACUCCAGUACCUGCAUACAGUGAGCCUGCGAGCAGACAGGAGUCUCCACAGCAUCAACCCCCACAACAUAAACCAAGCCAGACAUUUUGGGCACCACCACAACCCCCAGAAAAAGCACGCUCAGGUCAGUCAAAACUGCGCUGCAUGCGUGUCAUGGAUGACUUCAUUUCAAGAAAUCACAGCGAGCUUACUGUCAGGAAAGGAGAAAUAGUAGAGCUCCUGGACAUGUCAAGGCAGUGGUGGAAAGUGAGGAACAGCAGGAGGGAGGAGGGCUUCAUACCCAAUAAUGUCCUGGAGGCCGUUGAUGAACAACCUAGUGUGCAAACCAUAGGUUCUCCUGUCCUGACAAAGACGUCCAAACCUGUGGAAGUUAAAGCCUGGCUGGAAGACGAGGGAUUUACUAAAAUCACUGUGCGCUGUCUGGGCGUGCUGAGCGGCUCUAUGCUCCUGGGGAUGAGCAGAGAAGAGCUGAAGAUAGUGUGUCCAGAGGAAGGAGGCCGAGUCUUCUUACAGUUACAAGCUGUCAAGUCCACUAUGGCGGCUGGCAGCUGAGCGAGACCAACAAGAGGAUGUCUAGGAGGAAGAACAAGCCAUGGACUAAAACAGGUCAUCAAUAGUUAGUUGUAAAUGUGAGAAUAAGUCAUCAAUUAAAUAUAUAGUCUCCUGUGAAACAUUUUAUGCUGAUCACAAGAAAUGUUAUACUGUGAUACGUUGUUAAGCACAGUACAAUGAUUCGGUGAAUAAACAUGCUUUAUUUCAUUGUUCAGACAUUACACGAGUCUCAUCAGAAGCAUCUGAAUCUGUGAAACACUGGCGAUCAAUUUCAGGCAGUAAUAUGGCUAAUGGACAAAAUGAAAAUUGUCAAACAAAAUAGUGACCCGACUGUGUAACGAAGGAAAAACAACUGAACAAAAGGUAUCUUGAAUGUGAGCAUCACAAUACUUGUAGUUAAUGAAUGCAAGCUGAACAUCAACAGAAAACAUUCAUACAGAUGGUGUUAACACCUACAUAAUCACUGUGUUGUUGUUGAGAACAAUCAACAGUAUCUCUGCUGUUUCUGCUUUUCUUUUCUCUUGAGGUAGGGUGCACUAUGCUGUAAAUGCACAGACAAGAGACUGUGAUGACUGUAAAACAAGAAGCAGACAUAUAUUAACUAAACAACCAGCUGUAAAACUGAAUGAAUCGAUGGUUCAGGUCAGCCCGUGUUCUAAAUGUUUCAGUCAUAACGUGUGGCAGCAGGGUACACAAAACUGUAGUUCCAAAAUUAACAUUAUUAAAAAGAUGUUACACAGUAGUCAACAAGAUGGUUGCUAAACAAAACUAGUAGAAGGUCAAUAACAAAAUGAAGCUGCAUUAAUUUAACAGAAAUAUAUUUUGCACUUCAGCCUGUGGACAUGAGUCAAUGUAGAGCAAGGUCCAUCAGUAGUUAGAGAUUAAAGUUACACCAGAUAAGAUUAAUUCUACUGAUGUUUUGUGCGUGUGUGUGUGUGUGUGUGUGUGGAGGGGUCAGUAGCUCACUGGCUGCUGUGGAGACAAGAGGUAAGAAGUAGCAAUCUUGUGCUGUACCUUUCUAUCAUGGAUGUUACAGGUGUACUGAAGUAAUGAGAGCUCCCAGGAAUAAGAACUAAAACAGCUACUGUAAUAUUAAACAGAAUAGGCACUAAAACACUGUUCAAUUAAAGAGGCUAACAACAAGAAAACCACACUGAAAAACUAUUUUAUGACCUAAGCAACAAGUCUUGACAUCAACACAGUGUGAAUAUAAAACUUCUUAUCUCUGCAUCACCUUUACAAAAAUACACUUUAUACAUGAAGUCCAACAAUCACACAAAUUCCCCCAAGUUCAGAGCCGAACUCCGGUACGAAGCUACCAUACACUCACUGAACAAACAAGGAUUCUCAUCUUUUAUCCCAAACAUCUUCUAAAGCAAACGUGUAUAUAUCCUAAAUCAGGUUAUCUCAAUUAAAGCUGAUAUUUUGAUUCAUUUUCUUCUAGUCUUAGCGCUAAAUGUUACUGGAUAGUACAAUCUACAUGUAAUUAAGCUAAGCUUGAUGGGAAGUUGGACUGAGGCCAGAGUCCUGUGAUAACACGAGUGUACAAUACAAAAAGCUGAGGCUUGUGAUGCCAGGUUGAAUCUGAGAUAUAUAUAUAUAUAUAUUUUUUAUUAUAAUUAAAGCACAAUGCUACCACGUGGGCCACGGAAAAGUAGCCCGCCUACAAAACGAUCCACUUGCUCGGGGCUACUUUUCUGUGGCCCACCCUGUACAAGGUAACAGCCUCAACCAUGUCCCAGCACGGUUUGCUCACAUCUAUCUGGUGAAAAAGGCUGAGUUUAAAUCUGUUCACUGCAGACAGAUUUCUGACUCAGAAGCUGGUCAGCAGCUUGAAGUUAGUCGAGAUGCUUUACAUAACAGCUGGCUGCAAACAACUCAUUCUCUCCUGCCAUCCACUAUUCAUGCAUGCAUGCAUGCAGCAGAACUAGAAACAACUUUCCUCCUCAAAAAAGCUGUUUUAAACUGAGCAUGCACCUACAGUAGGUGGUCCAAGUUCCACUGGAUAUUCUAACACCAUAUAGAGCCCCUUUCAGACAUGUAGUGGAACCCUGAAACUCUCUAGACUUUAGCUGGGUGAGCCAUAUGCAAGAACGCAAAUGUCCAGGUUAAUCCGCCCGGACUUUACCCUGCCAGCUCCCUACCCUGCCAGCUCCCUAGUCCGCAUAAGGUCCAAGUGAGCUGGAGUGAGGCCAUGUGAGAAAACAUCUGCAUAUAGUCCAGAGUAUUCACACGGUCCUAGUGGGCAUGUUGAUGACAUUCUAUCACAUGACUGGUGCAAAACUGGAAGAAAACAAACAUAUGAUGGUCAAGAAAGACCAUCAUUUACAAUGAAGACACCAACAAAAAAAUCAAACUGGAAACCCAAUGACACUCAGGAACUUCUGUUAAGAGCCGGCACCAGAAUUAUCAAACAAAUACAAGGAACAGAUUACAAACUGGCUAUGCAACCGUGUCCCACAUGUUCUACCCAGACAUGCCCCCUGUGCAUAAAAUCAAAUGAAGUAUUUCCAACAGGUGAGAAUGCAUCUGAAAACGGACUUUCUUCUGCUGUGUGCUACAUGUGUAAAAGGGAAAGUCAGGAGAAAGUCCAGACCAAAUUCCGCAGACAUAGUCCGGAGUUCAUGUGCGAAAACGGCUUAUGACUGGGGAAAAAAUAUUCAGUAGUCCUUUAAUUCACAGGCUGUUAACCAGGUUGUAAUAUGAAGAGAUUGCUAGGAAAUAGACAAAAAUGAUGUUAUAGUCGUUUAUGAAUAACCAGAAAUUACUGGGAAAUACCACCUAACUCAUAUGUCCAUUUUUCUUUGGCUAUUUCUAAAUAUUUCUAUGUAGUUAAAUGCCUGCAAAUGAAAGGGUUACCAAAUAUUCAAUACCUGCAUGAUAAAGAGAAAAACCUUAUACAUGGAAACAGUUUGGAGAAACACAGGCAUGCACUGCCAAAGGCUAAA